AUGGAUAGAAAAAGAAACCAAAGUUUAGGCAAAAAAGGAAAAAAGAAAAGCUCAAUUAUUAGCCGUGCGUCAAGACAGGAGCACCAUGAAGAUAUUUACACUUCAUAUGAUACAAUUCUACCAAUAAAAUUUGAAGAAAAUAAAGAAAUAAAUAUAAAAAGCUCCUGGGAGGAUGUCAUACGAGGACAGUACGGCUAUUAUUUUAACGACGAACUUUGUUUAAGAUCAAUCGAAAAUAACCAGCCGUUCAAAUUUAUUGACCAAACACAUUAUGAUAUCCUUGGAGACAUCAUUUUAAAUUACAUACAAGAAAAGCUUGUAAGCUUUUAUAACUUAGAUGAAGUUCAAAUACCUCUUGCAAAGCAUUACAACGGAAGUAAUAAAUGCAAUAUUUUUCACACUCCCCUCUUCCGUAAGCGAGCAUAAAAAUCUUGUUCGCUCACGGAGGGGAUUAGUUUUUUAUUUAAAAAAAUCUAUUGAAAUUUUAUAGAAAAUUUUUUUUUAUUGAAAUUUAAAAAAGUCCCACUUCGCAAAAAUUGUAAAGCAAAUAUUAAGUUAAUUUGUAAAAUUUAUGUUUAAAAAUGCAAUUUUGUUUAAAAUUAAACAGAAUUAGCUAGAGAUUUCAUUAUACUAAUUAUCACUUAUAUAUCAAAAUUUUUUUCUAUAAACAUUUUUGUUUGCUUAAGGAGGUGGGUUUUUGGGCAAAAAAUAGGGAUUUUUCUAAUGGUUUUGUUCGCUCACAGAGGGGUGGAGUCAGUAAAGACUGAUUUUCAAACCGAAACAAAGGUUUAAUUUUAAUCCAAGGCACUGGAGCUGUUAGAGCUGGGCAAUGGGCAAGAUCAGUAUGCAUCAACGACUCUUUAAAUAUAGGAGCAGUUUUUCCAUUUCUUGAAGAAGCGUUUAAAGGUGGCUACUCAACAAUAAUUUUGAACCCAAAUUACAAUGAAAACCCAGAAACCAGAGAAAGGAUUCCUUUUAAUGGAGACUCAGAUGAGCAUUCAGAUUAUGUGUGGGAAAAUUUUAUUCGUCCUUGCCCUGCUAGAGAAUUAUAUAUCGUUGCUCAUUCUCGUGGAGGAGCAUCUACAAUUCAUUUAUUAGAAAAAUAUUGGAAAGAGUUUAAUCGCAGAGUCAAAGCCAUUGCAUUUACUGAUGCUGCCCUCGGAAGUGUUAAAUCAUUGAAUAUGACACAAAAAGCAGUUUUAGCACAAAUAGCUGUUGAUUGAAUUGAGUCAAGGCAUCCAAGGGAUCAUUUGGAGAAGCCGGCUGCAAUAAGUCGAAGUGGUGUUACAAAUUUAUCAUCUGGGCAUGAAAAGCAUGAAUAUACAACUGGGUAUGCUUUUCCUUCAAUAUUUCCGUUUUUUAGAAAUAAACAGCGCUUUAUUCAUUAG